CUCUCGUUACCUUCUUCGCUCUAAACCCUCCAUCAUUAUCACCAGGAGUUCAACUCUGUCUCUCUCUCUAGCCCCUAAUUUGUCACUAGGGUUUAACUCUCUCCCUGAGUAUGUCCACUCUGAUCCCUUCGGCGGGUAAAACCACCCGCGGCCACCUGCCGCUGAUUCCCUCACUCUAUUCCCGUCGUUCAUUUUGCUCCAGACCCCUCUCUUUCAGAAAUUCACCUCCAGUUCUCCCUCUUUUAUCUUUAACCCCGGCAAAUGCCGCCUUCUAUUCUCCUCCUCCACCCGCAUUUGGAAUCCCAAAACCGAAAUACUCUAAUGAAUCUUCGCAAUUCUUCAGCUUUUUUAUUUACCCCUCGAACCCUAUUUCCCGAAAUUCGUUUAUUCCCCUUUUGUCGUCACUGAGAACCGGGUUUAUUACUACUGUUAUUGCUUCUGUUCUAUUCUUUUCGGGAUUAUGUUUCAGUUUGAAACCCGCUGUAGCUUUGGCUGUUUCACCUCCGCCUACUGUUGAGACAGCGGAGAAGGAUACCGUUUCAGAGGAAGAAAGAGAGAAAUCACUCGAGGAUGAAUUGGCUUCUAAUCCAUAUGAUGUCAGAGCACUUAAGAAUUUAAUGGAAAUCAAAAUAAAGAGUAAGAAGAUUCCUGAAGCUAUUGUCAUUCUUGACAAAUUAAUAAAGCUUGAGCCGGAGGAACGUGAAUGGCCAUUGUUGAAAGCCCAUUUGCAUGCUUACAAUGGAGAGAUUGAAUUGGCGAGGAGGGGGUUUAAUGAGCUGCUGAAAAUUGAUCCUUUUCGUGUGGAGGCGUAUCAUGGUCUGGUGACAGCAGCUUCUCAAGAGGAGUCAAGCGAGGAAUUGGAGAAAAUUGAGAAGAAGGUGGAGGAGGCGAUGAAAUUAUGUAAAAAGGAGAAUAGGAAAAGCGAUUUAAGGGAUUUCAAGCUCUUAUUUGCUCAAAUCCGUGUGAUCGAGGGGAACUACGAUGAGGCCUUGAAGGUAUAUGAGGAGUUGGUGAGAGAAGAGCCAAGGGAUUUUAGACCAUAUCUGUGUCAGGGCAUAAUCUAUACCCUGUUGAGGAAAAAUGGGGAGGCAGAGAAGAAUUUUGAGAAGUAUAGGAGAUUGGUUCCUAAGGAGCACACUUAUGCCAGAUAUUUUGAUGAUAAUAUGUUGGCGACCAAAAUUUUUGCACAGAAAGUGGAUAACGAAAGAGCUGGAGUGAAGAGUAAAGGAAAUGAGCUAUGACUUUUUGUAGUAGAAGCCCGUUUGUGGUUAUAGUAUAGUGAUGUUUCAUGUACCGAAGUUUUAAUUUUUUGUUCAAGGUUUUUGAUAAAGGCUUUAUAAUUAUUGUUUUGGGUGGUAGGUUUUCAGUUGCUGUUUGUUAAUUAUGUUUUUAAUGAACAAUCAGGGUAUUUAAGGAAGGAGACGGUUUUAAGCAAGUUCAACUCAUUUCACUCGACUCUGAUUUUCAAAAAAUCGAGAGGGUUUAAAAGUUCGUUUGUUCCCAGAUGCGAUGGUGGGUUGGAGUGUGAGGUACUUUUUGUUAUUCUACUUAAUAUUAUGUUUCUAUUUCAUUUUUCUGUAAGCCUUUUUGUAUCAAUUGCUUAUUAGUUAAUGUUUGAGUAAGUCGAGUCACAGUUUAAUUAAUUACUGCAAAUUGAAUAAUUUUUCUUGUUGAAG